AUGACAGAACUCAAGACCUCCCAGAGAAAACGUAUGGAACCAAACAUCAAAAAUACAAACAGAAUGGCCACAGAUGGCCCAAAAUUGGCAAUCUACCAAGCAACAUCCGAAGAAGACCUCAUAGCAUCUCUCCACCUGAUCGCCGACUCAGUCGCCCAACAACGCCAACUCGCAGCCCGAGCCAUCAUCUCCCACCCGCUUUCAUGGACAAUCAUUGCAAUUCUGCUGGCAAUAAUCUGCAAGAUACUGCACAAAGAUGGAAACCUUGGAGACUGGACCAUGAUCGGAACCACGUGGGCCGGAUGCAUCAUGGCAGGCCUGGUAGGCGUCCGGUACGUCGUGAGCGGAUACUUGGAUGCUGCGGAGAGAACGGGGACGUGGGCAUGGCUGUACGGUGAUGAUGAGAGUGGCAAGACAGAGAAUCUGGAUAUGGUCAUUGUCACGAAAUUCGGGGAUGCCGUUAUUGGGACUGUUGUUCUUCGAGCUACGCCAUUGCCAUCCGUUCUUCCUGACGAAUCUCGACAUGGAGCGCGGAAUGACACGCAAAGGAAAAUACUGGCGAAGAUUAGAGCAUGCACGGUUGACUACCGUUAUCGGCGUCAUGGGCUUGGGACAUGGCUACUUGAACAUGCUGUGAUGGUAUGUGUUGAACGGGGAUGGGAGGGACCGGUUUACGAUGAGGGACAUGCGAAUUCACUGCGGUUGCUGCCGGGGAUGUUUAACGGGGAGUUUGAGGAGGGAGAGAAACUGUUUAGAGGGGCUUUGGAGAGGGUUGUUGCCAGGAAGGGGAUGCCAUCGAUUAAGUAG